AUGCAAUCAACUUCUUCUUCAUCGGCGUCGCCUGAAGCGAUUCUCGAAUGGCUUCACAAGGAAAUGGGAUACCGCCCUCGCGGCCAGUACGCCGGCGGCGGGGGAAAGCCCCAUUCGCCGUCAGUUGAAUCGAUCCGGAAGGUUUGUCGCGGGAACAUGAUUCCGGUUUGGAAUUUUCUCGUCACGCGCGCUAAGUCUGAGAAGACGGUGCGGAAUGUUCGCCGGAAUAUCACUGUUCACGGUGAUGGGGAGGGUUCUACGGGGAGGAAGAAGGAGAAGAUGAUAUCCGGGGAGGGUUCAGGUUCGGCGGAGACGAGGGAGGCGGCUUUAAUGGAGCGGGAUUUGGUGGCCAAGGAGGUGGAGAGGUUGAGGAACAUUGUGAGGAGACAGAGGAAGGAUUUGAGAGCGAGGAUGCUUGAGGUUUCCAGAGAAGAGGCUGAGAGGAAGAGGAUGCUCGAUGAACGAUCAAAUUACAGGCAUAAGGAAGUGACGUUGGAGGCCUAUGACCGUCAAUGUGAUGAAGCUUCUAGAAUAUUUGCUGAAUAUCAUAAACGUCUUUGUUACUAUAUAAAUUUAGCAAAGGAUGCUCGAAGAUCAGAUGUGGAUUCUUCCAUUGAGAUGACAAAUAGUUUUAGUGCCAAAAAUGAGAAGGAAUCUGUUUAUUCUACUGUUAAGAGCGGUAAAUCUGCAGAUGAUGUCAUUGUCAUUGAAACCACAAGGGAAAAGAAUAUUCGAAAGGCUUGUGAAUCUCUUGUAGCAUACAUGGUUGAAAAAAUACAGAGUUCUUUUCCUGCUUACGAAGGAAGUGGCGUUCUUUCAAAUCCUCAGGCAGAAGCAGCGAAACUGGGGUUUGAUUUUGAUGGACAAAUUCCGGAUGAGGUUAGAACAGUUAUUGUGAAUUGCUUAAAGAGUCCUCCCCUAUUGCUUCAGGCCAUUACUGCAUACACUUCUCACUUGAAAAGUCAAAUUUCCAGAGAAAUAGAGAAAAUUGAUGUUAGAGCUGAUGCGGAGAUCUUGAGGUACAAAUAUGAAAAUAACAUAGUUAUGGACGUUUCCUCUUCUGAUGGUAGCUCUCCUCUACAGUAUCCACUUUAUGGAAAUGGAAAACUUGGGGUUGAUGUGCCUCCAGGAGGAAGUCAAAAUCAGCUUCUUGAAAGACAGAAAGCUCAUGUUCAGCAGUUUUUGGCUACUGAAGAGGCACUAAACAGUGCUGCAGAAGCACGAGACUUGUGUGAAAAACUUAUGAAACGUCUGCAUGGAGGCACUGAUGUUACUUCACGUUCAUCUCAGAAUAUUGGAAGUCUUAGGCAACUUCAGGUAGAUGUUUGGGCAAAGGAAAGAGAAGUUGCUGGUUUAAAGGCAAGUUUAAACACCUUAAUGUCUGAAAUACAACGCUUGAACAAGUUAUGUGCUGAGAGGAAAGAAGCUGAAGAUUCUCUUAAAAAGAAGUGGAAAAAGAUUGAAGAGUUUGAUUCUCGUAGAUCAGAACUUGAAUCCAUAUACACGGCACUCCUUAAAGCAAAUACGGAUGCGGCUUCAUUUUGGAGUCAACAACCAUCAACUGCAAGGGAGUAUGCUUCAAGCACUAUAAUUCCAGCAUGCUCUGCGGUUUUUGAGACUUCAAAUAAUGCAAAUGAUCUUAUAGAGAAAGAAGUGUCUGCCUUUUAUCGGAGUCCAGAUAAUAGCCUCUACAUGCUUCCUUCUUCACCUCAGGCACUGCUUGAGGCCAUCGGGUCCAGUGGAUCAUCUGGACAGGAAGCAGUUGCGAAUGCAGAAAUAAGUGCGGCUAUUUUGACUGCAAAAGCUGGUGCCCGGGAUCCGUCGGCAAUUCCAUCAAUAUGUCGAGUUUCAGCUGCACUUCAGUAUGCUGCUGGCUUGGAAGGUUCUGAUGCUGGUCUAGCAUCCAUACUGGAAUCCCUGGAGUUUUGUUUGAAACUUCGUGGUUCAGAGGCCAGUGUUUUGGAAGAUUUAUUAAAGGCUAUUAAUCUUGUCCAUAUUAGACGCGAUCUCGUUCAAAGUGGUCAUGCCUUGUUAAAUCAUGCCUACCGUGUUCAACAGGAAUACGAAAGGACGACAAAUUUUUCUUUAAAUUUGGCUGCAGAACAAGAAAAAGCUGUAAUGGAAAAAUGGUUGCCUGAACUCAAAUCUGGUGUUUUGAAUGCUCAACAAAGCUUGGAAGACUGCAAAUAUGUCAGGGGACUGCUUGAUGAGUGGUGGGAGCAACCAGCAUCGACAGUUGUUGACUGGGUGACGGUGGAUGGACAAAAUGUAGCAGCAUGGCAUAAUCAUGUAAAGCAGCUUCUUGCAUUUUAUGAUAAGGAGCUACUAUUGUGA